CCGGCCCUGGGACACGUCCCGCCCGGCUGCGCUCCCCGCUGGGCGGGCCCGGGCCGGCCCGUCCCCCCGCCCCGCAGGCCCGCCCCGGUCAAGAUGGCUGCCGCGCUGGGAAGGCUCCUGCGGAGCGUGGUGCCCGCUGUCGGGAGGAGGCUGACGGCGCAGCCCCUGCCCUGCGCCCGCCGACAGCUCAGCCUGGGCUGCUCGCGGUUGGCCCCGGCGGUCACGCAACACGCCCCGUUCUUCAAGGGAACGGCCGUUGUUAACGGAGAGUUCAAGGAGCUGAGCCUGGAUGACUUCAAGGGGAAAUACCUGGUGCUCUUCUUCUACCCCCUGGACUUCACCUUUGUCUGCCCAACAGAAAUUGUGGCUUUCAGCAACAAAGCAAAGGAAUUUCGUGAUGUGAACUGUGAAGUUCUGGCAGUUUCUGUGGAUUCUCAUUUUUGUCAUCUGGCCUGGAUAAAUACACCACGAAAGAGCGGCGGUUUGGGCAAAAUGAAUAUUCCAAUUCUGUCAGACCUCACAAAACAAAUCUCCCGUGAUUACGGUGUGCUGCUAGAAGGACCCGGCAUAGCGCUGAGAGGUCUCUUCAUCAUCGAUCCAAACGGGAUCGUCAAGCACCUGAGUAUCAAUGACCUCCCCGUCGGUCGCAGUGUGGAGGAGACGCUCCGGUUGGUGAAAGCAUUCCAGUUCGUGGAGACGCACGGAGAGGUUUGUCCGGCAAACUGGACUCCAGACUCCCCUACGAUCAAACCAAGCCCAGAAGGCUCUAAAGAAUAUUUUGAGAAAGUGAAUAAAUAAACACUGAAAUAUGUGGACAAGACUCCUAGUUACCAUAAAAUGAAGAUAUUAGGAAAGCAGCUGUGAUUAUUAAAAAAAAAAAAUAAUCAAAGUUCUUAUUUUCUCAUGUUUAAGAAGAAAUUAAAUGCUGAAAUAUUUACCGAGUCCCUUGUCUUGUUUUAAAAAGAAGGGUAAAAAUGAAGGCUUUCCUCCCUGCCCCUUUUGCAACUUCGAUGUCAUGAAUUUCCGUGACCCCUUGUCUUCUUCCCCAAUACGACAGGUACACAAAAUACAGUUGUCUUCACUGGGUUUUCUCCUUUCUUUGGCUCGCUUUGGGCCAGAAAGUGUCUCUUUUUUUCCUCACAUGAAGAGCGAAAUUCUGUAACAAUGGGGGCAAUACGGAAAAUAGAAUUUUGACACAGGGUUUGGCUUUGAUUAAUUUUGCACAGAAAAAGAUGAAUGUAACAAAAAAUAAAAAUCCCUCUUUUUGUGGGUAAAUGCACUAUAACUUGCAAUGAAUGUAAAUAUGUGCCCUUUUAAUCCUGCGUAUAGCCACAGGUACACCAGAGCAUUGACAAGCAUGGAGAAAUUUCUGCUUGGGAGAUGGCAAAAACUUGAACCCCUAUAGCUGUACUUACUGGAGCUUUAUGAGAAUUCUAUCACUGAAAGCCUUGCUUAUUUGCUUGAAUCUGUUGUACUGCUUGAAAACAAUGUAGUAUGUCUCUAGUUAAAAUAAUAAAUCUUAACAUUGGCUAGCA